GCCAAGAAAAUUUUUGCAAUUCAAGAAGAAAAAAGGUGGAAAAUGAAAAAUCCCCCCAUUCAAACAAGCCCUAAAAGAUUCAAAAAAGAGCACUAGUGGAAGAGAGGAGCCAACAGAACGCACAGCACAUAACUCUAUAUAGUACUUCAAGAAAGGGAAAAGGGAAUGAACAUACGCAACACUGCACAAGGACAGCCCAAAGUGCAGCCUUUCACUGAGAGAGAGAGAGAGAGCUCGCAACUGAACACUGAAUGCAUAUUCUAUUAUAUAUAUUUGUAUAGAAAAACUGUACCCCAUUAGACUCGUUUUCAGGUUCUUGAAAAUGGUUUCCAGCCAAUGUGAUCAAAAGGGUUAUUAGAUUCUCUACCCUAUUUUCUGUAUUCUAGAUUCUACUGCUGGUUUGUGAGUUAAAAAUGGAGUUGAGAACAAUGAUUUUGGGGCAUUUUUUGGUGAUUUCUUUGGCCUUGAAUGUGGGAUUCUUAUACAGAGAUUACUGGAAGGGAAAUCAUCAUUAUCAAGAAUUUUUCAGCUUCAAGAACGAGUAUAAAAAUGCUUUCGUGACUCUUCUUGAAGCAUCACCACAGCCAUUUUCUUCUUCUUCAAAAGGUUUUGAUGGUAUUAUCGAUCUUGAUCAUGGCGAUCCAACAAUGUAUGAGAGAUAUUGGCUGCAGAUGGGAGAUAAAACUACAGUUGUGAUUAAUGGCUGGCAAUUCAUAAGUUAUUUUUCUGAUGUCAGAAAAGUUUGCUGGUUUUUGGAGCCGGAAUUUGCCAAUGCUAUUAUUAGGUUGCACAAAUUAGUCGGAAAUGCCAUUACUGAAGAGCGCUACAUUGUUGUCGGGACGGGUUCUACACAACUCUUCCAGGCCUUGUUGUAUGCUGUCUCUCCACCUAAUUCUUCCAAGCCAAUCAGUGUGGUAUCUGCUGCACCAUUUUACUCGUCAUACCCUUUGAUUACCGACUUUCUGGAGUCUGGACUCCACAAAUGGGCAGGCGAUGCUUACACAUUCAGCAAAGACGAGCCAUAUAUUGAACUAGUGACGUCUCCAAAUAACCCCGAUGGCUUUCCAAGACAAGCUGUAGUCAAUCGAAGUCAAGGAAUACUGAUUCACGAUUUUGCUUACUACUGGCCACAGUACAUUCCAAUCUCUUCUCCUGCAGAUCACGAUAUCAUGUUAUUUACGGUCUCCAAGAGCACUGGCCAUGCUGGAACACGCAUUGGUUGGGCUCUUGUUAAAGACAGAGAGAUUGCGAAGAAAAUGACUGAAUUUAUCAUGCUUAGCACCAUAGGCGUGUCCAAAGAUUCUCAAAUUCGCGCAGCAAAAAUCUUGCAAGUUGUAUCCGACAGCCACCAAUAUAAAAGCAACUUCAAAGAAGGCCAAGCCUUCUUCGAACAUAGCUACAACAACAUGGCAAGGAGGUGGAAACAACUUAGAGAUGCCGUGAAUAUGAGCAAGCUCUUUAGUUUGCCUGAUUUCCCCUCUAGCUCGUGCACCUUUAGUGGCCGCACUUUUGGAUCACUUCCUGCUUUUGCUUGGCUCAAAUGUGAAGGAGAAAUCGAUGAUUGUGAAAGCUUUCUUCGUGGUCACAAGAUAUUAACUAGAGGUGGAAAGCAUUUUGGCAGCAGUGGAAAGUACGUUAGAAUCAGCAUGUUACCUCGUGAUGAAACAUUUGAUCAAUUUACUGAGAGAUUGUCUAGUAUUAAAUCUUCGUAGUUCUUGAUUAUGUUUAUUUUCGUAGAAAAUUAGGCAUACGGUAUUUGGCAAAACAAAUAUUUUCCAUGAUAUCUAUCUAUAAUUUGUAGUUUUUGAAAUCAUUCUUUAUUGAUCUGUUUA